AUUGCUAGCAUCCUGACAACCGGGCCAUGAUCGACAACGGUAAGCAGGCGAUCAUCAUCCCCCCAUUUCCGAGUUCUUCCAGCCUUCAGCAUUGUUCAGUUGUGGCUAACAAUAAUAUAUAACUCAAUGAACUUCGUGGUGAUUGUGCUUAAGUAUAGAUUGAAUUGUGGAAACGUUGUGUGUGUGCUUUGAUGAUUUGAGAGCCCAGAUUCAAAGUCGAAGUUUUAAGUGACAUUGCUGAACCGUGAUGUUAGCCCAUCACUCUGCUCCACCAUUGGACCGAGCUCUGAGGAUGACCAAAGUUGAAGACGGAGGAUGGCCAGAUUUACAUGAUUACCGACAACAUCUGCAUUCAAAUACUUAUGCCAUGUUGAGCUCGGCGGGUCGAGGCAUCAUUUCCCAAGGGUCGGGUCAAAUCCAGUUGUGGCAAUUUCUUCUGGAGCUUCUGGCAGACAGCGCCAAUUCGGGAAUCAUCGCUUGGGAAGGAACCAAUGGGGAGUUCAAGCUCACAGAUCCGGAUGAGGUGGCUCGCAAGUGGGGCGAGCGCAAGUCCAAGCCCAACAUGAACUACGAUAAGCUGAGUCGAGCAUUAAGGUACUAAUACGACAAGAACAUCAUGACCAAAGUGCACGGAAAACGGUAUGCUUACAAGUUCGACUUCCACGCUCUCAUGCAGGCGUGCAGUUCGCAGAGCACGGACGCACCCAACUACAAAUACCAGGCCGACCUCAGUGGUCUCUUGGCCUCUCCAUACCCCCAGGCUUCCAAACUGAAUGGGCUAUUCUCGCAGCCCAAUCACUUCUCUUCGUCAUUCCACCAGCAAUCCAUCUUCACGCCGGGAACGGCCUACUGGAACACGAACAGUGUCAUGUCCGCGGGGAACAUUCAGAAUAUUUAUGCCUCCAAUAUGGAUCUGGCCGCCAACAAGGAAAGUCAAGCCCAGGGCCCGUUUGUUCAGCCUCCUACAUCUAGCAUCCAUUCGUCGUUGCCAUGCACCAAGUUCUCGGAUUUCAAAGACUUUCAUUCCCAUUUGGGCAAGGAUCUGUCGCCAUGUAUCCCCACACAAAUUGGGAGCAGUGCGUCAGCAGUGGCUGCACAUCGAAAUGCCUCCCUCAAUCGCUAUCCUUAUCUCUCACAUUGAGUUACUGAAGAUGAGUCAAUCAACAACACAUGCGUGUCGAACGAGGAGGCACCAUGGCUAUUAUUAUAUAAUUCUUGGUGUCCACACCACCAGCCCAACAAUUUCAUUCCUGUUCAAAUUCAACUUCCAUACCAAAAAAAAGAUUAAUGAUAAUAAUAAACAAAGGUGAAAAACAACAACACCAAGGGAUAUGUUG